AUGUAAAAAAUAUCAAUAUUGUUCGUUUUUUUUAUGAUGACAAUAAUUUUGUCUCAAGCUAUAGAGAUAGCAGUUGGGGGAGAUAAUGAAAAAAAAAUUGCGGAAAGAAAUGAAAGAAGAGUGUUACAAGAAGGAGAAGCAAAAGAAGAUACAUCUGAAAGAACAGUUAUCAAAAGAGAUGUAUCAUAAGAAAGAUUAUUUAUCAAAAGAGAAGAGGAGGAAACGCCUUAGAGAAACGCUGUAAAAAGUGAGGAUGGAUCAUCUGAAAGUUCUGUAAAAAGAGAAGAAGGAUCAUCUGAAAGAAAAAUGAGUAGAGAAGAAGAAGGCACAUCUGAAAGAUCUCUAAAGAGAGAGGAAGGUUCAUCUGAAAGAAAAAUGAGUAGAGAAGAAGAAGGCACAUCUGAAAGAUCUCUAAAGAGAGAGGAAGGUUCAUCUGAAAGAUCUUCUGCGAAGAGAGAGGAAGGAUUAUCAGAAGAUAAAGCCGACUCUAAUGAUUCGUAAUUGGAAUAGCAAUUAACAGAAACUGCAAAUCAAUCAAAUCGAAAAAAUUUAGAAUUAGAAAUAGUUAGUGAACAAGUACACAGUCCAAAUUAGAAUAAUUAUUGCAUGUAAUUAUUUUCAGUUUCGAUCAUCUUGGUAUUUGUCUAUUGA